AGCACACUUCGCUCUUCAGUAGCACCACGGCUCUCAGGACAGGCGCAUGGGGUGCGCGUUCCUUUAUUCCAGCCAGCCGCUUAAACUGUGAUAUACCGGCCUUACAAUUUAAUAAUAAAAUACCACAAUAAAAUACUAGUAGUGUCCUCUGUCAUAAAUAUUAUUAUAUUACAGUGUUAUUAGGAUUCUGUAAAGUCCAGUUUAUUAUGCAAUGCGUCUGAAAAUUUUGUGCGGUGUCCGUGAAUGAACUGUAGAAAUCUGUUGCUCAGUGAAUUUACGAGUGCGGUUUGUGGUGAACUUAAAAUUUAAAUGUACGUUUAUAGUACUUAAAAUUAAUGAACAAUGGAGUCUAAAGUAGUUCUUAAGGAAAAGAAUCCAAAUGAAAAUGCGAAUUUCAUUUCGAGAAUAUUUCUGUGUUGGAGUUUUCCCCUAUUCAAGAGAGGAUACAAACAGGGUUUAUCCGUAGACGACCUCUUCCAAGCCAGAGACAAGGAUCGGUCGGGGCGGCUAGGGGACAGACUGGAGGAAGCGUGGAACAGGGAACUGCAGACGGCCAAAGAGAAUGGCACAAAACCGUCGCUAUCCAAAGCGAUAGUCAGAUGUUUUUGGCUGGAGUAUAUGGUGUGUGGAUUAUUCAUAGGAUUGCUAUUCAUUGUUUUAUGGCCUUUGAUACCAUACACACUAGCCAUAUUUAUAGGAUACUUCUCAGAGGAAAAAACAAGUGAAAGCUACACAAGAGCACACAUAUUUAACUUUGCGAUGAAUUUAUUGUCUAUAACGACGUCAUUGAUGUUAAACCAUCUCCAGUUAAGCCAAGGAGUGAUAGGUAUGAGAGUGAGGAUCGCCAGCUGUUCCAUCAUGUACAGAAAGAUAUUAAAGCUGAACCGGGUCGGCAUGAGCAAGACGCAGCCUGGUCAGGUGAUCAACCUCAUGUCUAACGACGUUAGCCGGUUCGACCUGGCGGCACUGUUCCUGCACUACAUCUGGGUGAUGCCCAUCGUGGUGCCCGUCGUCUCCUACCUCAUAUGGCAGAAGAUCGCCUGGGCCACCCUCGCCGCCAUCGCCGUCAUAUUCAUACAGGCCUACGUUAUACAAGCAUAUUUAAGUAAUCGUCAAGGAGUCCUCAGAGGGAAGAUAGCUAAACGUACAGACGAGAGAGUCAAGGUCAUGAGUGAACUAGUCAAUGGAGUGCAAGUUAUCAAAAUGUACGCCUGGGAGAAACCUUUUGAAAAGCUAGUAGACAAACUAAGAAAAUACGAGGUUAAGUUUAUCCUAAAGACAUCGCUGAUAAAGGGUUUUACUUCGGCGCUGAGCGUGUUUACGGAGAGGUUCAUUCUUUUCACCGCCGUAGUGACGUACGUGCUGCUUGGUGGUGAAAUAAGAGCUGACAUCGCAUUCUCCUUGGUGCAAUACUAUAACCUGCUGCAGCUGGCCUGCAACAUCUUCUUCCCGUUGGCGCUGGCGUUCUUGGCCGAGUCUAAAGUCUCUAUUAGACGUUUAGAGGAAUUCCUCUCUCUGGAAGAACUUGACCACCCUGAGCCGAUAGCGAACGGCAGUUCCAAAAAUAUCACAAACGGCAUAGACAAGGAGAAGAGCGAGAUUAUCAAGCCGAAGUCGACGGGACUAGUUCUGUCUAGUGUCUCAGCAAGCUGGCAACAGAACUCCAUCGUGGAUACAUUAAGAAAUAUAUCGUUUACGGCGAAGCCUGGCGAGUUUGUGGGAGUUGCUGGCUUGGUCGGAUCUGGCAAGUCGUCACUUCUGCAAGUCAUUUUGGGCGAGCUCCAGCCUUCCAAAGGAACGGUGUCGCUCGGUGGAGCCACCGUAGCCUACGCCAGCCAAGAGCCUUGGCUGUUCGUGGCGACAGUCCGACAGAAUAUACUGUUCGGUCUACCGUACGACAAACUGCGAUACAAGAAGGUGGUUACAGCUUGUGCAUUACUGCGUGACUUCGAACAGCUGCCAGCCGGGGACUCAACCCUGGUGGGGGAAAGGGGCAUCAGUCUCAGUGGCGGACAGAGGGCUCGUAUCGGCCUGGCACGGGCGUGCUAUCGACAAGCCGACAUAUACCUCCUGGACGACCCGCUGUCGGCGGUGGACACGCACGUGGGCAAGCAACUGGUGUCGGAGUGCGUCAACGGCCUGCUGCGGCACUCCACCCGCGUGCUGGUCACGCACCAGCUGCACCACCUCAAGACCGCUGACAAAGUCGUCAUACUCAGAAAUGGCGAGGUUGAGUCGCAAGGAACUUUUGAGGAAAUGUCGAAGUUGCCACUAUUUGAGGAAUUACUUGAAGAAGCGGAAACCCCCUCAGGACAAGAGGGCGAGGAAUUACCCCUGAAGAUUAACCGAAGCAUGUCUAUAGCGUCCCAUGCCAGUGUAAGCACCGUCGCCGAUGGUGCACUCGGACAGUCCGGCUUACAAGAAGACCAGGAAGAAACUGCGGAACUUACUGCCUCGGGUCGUGUGUCGUCCGCUGUAUACAUGAAGUACUUCCGUGCCGGUGCCAAUUGGUUCCUUAUGUUGUCUACCAUAGUAUUUAUUUUGUUGGCUCAAAUCGUGACGUCUAUGAGUGAUCUUUGGCUGACAUUCUGGAUGAACAAAGUCGAGGCGACUUAUGAAAACAAAAGCGGUGUUUUGAACUCGACAAACGUAAUUCCUCUCUCGACUGUAAACCAUACUGAGACUGAGACAAUUACACCGAACUCAACAGUGAUCGGAACCAUAGUAAAGACUGCAUUAACAGCUAUUUCUCUAGGGAACAGUGAUUCGGUGGAACAUCCAUUUUAUAUUAUUGUUUGGGGCAUUUUAAUUUUUGGUUGCAUUCUUCUGACAACGACAAGAUCAAUGCUGUUCUUGUGGGUAUGCAUGAGAAGUUCAAUAAAACUUCACAACACAAUGUUUAGUAACAUUCUGUCGGCAACGAUGAGAUUUUUCGACACUAAUCCGUCUGGUCGCAUUCUGAACAGAUUCUCCAAAGACAUGGGAGUGGUAGACGAAAUCCUACCUAGGAUGUACUUAGACAGUAUUCAGGUUUUCAUGGUGAUGAUGGGUAUUUUAGUGAUGGUGGCGAUUGUAAAUCCAUACAUGGUACUGACAACUUUAUUCUGUGGGAUACUCAUGUACCUUUGGACUAUCGUAUACUUGACUACGGCACAAGCAAUAAAAAGAGUGGAGGGCGUAUCCCGUUCCCCGGUGUUCUCUCACGUGUCGGCAAGUAUGGCGGGUCUGACCACGGUGCGGGCGUGCGGCGCGCAGGACCUACUGCGGAUACAGUUCGACGACAAACAGGACGUGCACACUUCUGCCUGGUACCUAACUUUAAUCACAAACACAACAUUCGCUGUGUGGUUGAGUUUGAUAUCGGCAUCGUAUGUUAUCGUCGUUUCAUACACAUUCCUCCUACAAGAUGAUGGCUCAACAAACGCAGGAAGCGUAGGCUUAGCUCUCAGUCAAGGGUUGAUUCUUGUGAACAUGGUGCAGUACGGUAUCAAACAGACCACAGAGGUGAUUUCUCAGAUGACCAGCGUGGAGCGUGUCGUGCAAUUCACGUCCUUACCGCAAGAGAAUACGGAUGGCCCAGCGCCGCCUAAGGACUGGCCGCAACGCGCCAGACUCGUCUUUAAAGACCUCUUCCUCAGAUACGAUAAGGAAGCUGACCCCGUACUUAAGGACCUCAACAUUGUGAUUGAGAGUGGAUGGAAGGUGGGAGUGGUAGGACGGACGGGCGCGGGCAAGUCAUCGCUCAUAUCUGCGCUGUUCCGCCUGGCACCGAUUGAUGGCCAUGUGUACAUUGAUGACGUUGAUACUGGAGACAUCGCUCUUAAGGAACUGCGGUCGAAAAUUUCCAUCAUUCCGCAAGAGCCCGUGCUGUUUUCGGCUAGUUUGCGAUACAAUUUGGACCCUUUCGACAAGUACACCGAUGCGGAAAUUUGGCAAGCGUUAGAACAGGUGGAGCUAAAGAGUCACGUGACCGCGCUAACAUCCGCCGUAGAGUCUGGGGGUACAAACUUUAGCGCCGGACAGAGACAACUGCUGUGUCUGGCGCGCGCGGCGCUCGCACGAAACCGUCUGCUGGUACUCGACGAGGCCACCGCUAAUGUGGAUCCCAACACGGACACACUGAUCCAAAAGUCGAUUCGGAAAUACUUCUCCGACUGCACCGUCCUCACAGUUGCCCACAGACUGCACACCGUCGCCGACUCCGACAGAGUUGUUGUAAUGGAAGCUGGUCGUAUUGUCGAGUGCGGUCACCCCCACGACCUGCUGCAGAACGAAACGGGACACUUCACGCGCAUGGUGCAACAGCUGGGUCACGCCUCCGAGCAGAGCCUCCGGGAGACCGCCCACAAGGCGUACUUAGAACACAUCAAAUACGUCGACGCAGACGACCAACAGCAAACAUAGUACUUAGAACAUACUGAAAAUUUUCAUAUACUUAAUAUUUAAAAAAACUGCUUCGCGAUGCGAUAAUGUUGUGUGAUAGGUAUUUUAGGGUAAGUAUGUCAAAGGCAAAAAGCUAGCUUUUGUAUACUCGUAUUAGUUACCCAUAUUAGAAAGGAUACUUAAGGUAUAUUUUCAUACCAAAACUACAUAGUUACCUAGUUUUCGAAAAAUAACAUUUACAGAUUUUUUUGCACAUUCAAAAUGUACUUAGGUGCAUUAAGUACUUAAGAGAACUUAAAUUAAUAUUACUUAUGACUUAUGAGACUGUCAACCUUGCCCUUGCUCGUGUUUCAUUACUUACACAAAUUUUACUUGUUAUAAUAUUCUAAAAUAUAAAUAAUUACUUUUAAGUAACAUAAUAUUAUUUAAGUGAUUCCAUUAAACAUAAAAUGAUGGAAUACUGUAAUAUAAAAUUGUUAAAACAUGUUGAAUGUUUAAAGUAAGUGCCUCAUAUGUGUUAUACCUACAAUAAUUAUACUUACAAUAAAUAAUUAUAACUAGCUGUCCCGACACAGGUUGUUUUUUUGAACCCAUAAUAUUGUAAACGGUAAGAAAUUUUCCUUAGUUUCCUAUCAAAAUUAUUAGCUUUUCUACUUGUAGCAAAAAUAAUAAUUAAAACUAUUUUCUGAAAAAUGUUAUAUCAUAAAACAUAGAGUUCUUAAUAUUAAAUAUUUGGUGCUGCAUAUUUGCAUUUUUUAUUUGAUAUUUUAUACUUAUUAUAUUUUUAAAGGUUUGGGAUUUAAUACCGUACCAUCCACUUUCAAAAUAAUGAGCUGGGUAUGAUAUGCUCCUCCUUCUUUAAGCAUAAAAUACUUGAUGUACAAGUAACUAGCAUAUUAAAUUUUAAAUUAUAAUAUAGUUUAUUUUUAAACUUGAAUAUAAAGUGUUGUGGCCAGUACUUUAUUAAAACUAUAUGUUACUAAUAGAAAAGUUACUGUAUGUAUGUGCUAUACAAUGUUUUUUCUUGUCUAAUCAGCUUUCCAUCAUAUGGAACAAGAUCAAACCAUUAUAAUUAUAGCAUGUCCAUUGUGUCCACAUAUAAUUAGGAAGAGGCAA